AUGAUAUACGGUACGGCGUUUCUGCUGAUGCUAUCUGCUCCAACAGUGUUCAGCAUGUCCUUUGUGGCUGACGCUGGUGGCUAUUUAGCCAUCCGGUUCAUGAUCGGUUUUUGUCUAGCCACGUUCGUGUCAUGUCAAUAUUGGACGAGCGUGAUGUUCAGCGGCAAGAUCAUCGGACUAGUCAAUGGAUGCGCCGUCGGGUGGGGGGACAUGGGAGGAGGCGUGACUCAGCUACUCAUGCCGAUGGUCUUCCACGUGAUCAAAGUCGCCGGAGCCACUCCCUUUAUGGCGUGGAGGGUCGCGUUUUUCGUCCCCGGGUUUCUACAGGUUGUUAUGGGCAUUCUUGUCCUCACUCUUGGACAAGAUCUUCCUGAUGGAAUCCUGAGUACUCUACAGAAGAAAGGAGAUGUUAGCAAAGACAAGUUCUCUAAGAAGGCGACGGAGGAGAAAGAAAAUAGGCGUUGCUGGGUUGGGGAGAUGGUUUGUACAAAGAAGAAGGAAGAUAAACUGAGGAAGAAGAAAUCAAAUUCAACGAAUGCGGCCAAGAUAGUGUUUUGGUAUGCUGUGAUGAACUACAGAACAUAUGUCUUGUUCCUUCUCUAUGGAUUUUCCAUGGGAAUCGAAAUGACCAUCAACAAUUCGGCGUCCAAGCUGCUUGUGGGGCCAUCUUCGGCAUCGUUCCUUUUGUCUCGCGCCGCUCUUUCAGUCGGCGUCCAAGCUGCGGAGUGGACUGAUGAAGAGAAGCGGCUAGGAUUACGUGAAGGUAGCCUUAAAUUUGCAGAGAAUAGUCGAUCAGAAAGAGGCCGGAAGGCGGUUGUGGAGGGCGCCUCCACGCCACCAGAAAAUGGCGAUCCGGCUCAUGUUUAG